AUGGUUUCACUCCAAUUAUUACCAACCGAGAUCUUAGAGUUGAUCAUUUUCAAUUUUCAAGGCCCGCCAAUACAAUAUGCCAAUAUUCUGAGUGCAAGACGUUCCUGCCGGGCCCUGGCGCAACCGUGUAGAGAGCUUCUUUACAGGGAUAUCGACUUCAACUUCCAAAGCGAAGAUUGGCUUGCGGCUCAACUAAUGCAAGUAAGAUUAAUUAGAGGUCUCUAUUUAAAGAAAAGCAAUGCGGCAUUUAUCAGAACGUUCAAGAAUAAACCACAUGAUGUCUACAGCUGCUCCCUCGACGCAAUUGGGCGUGUAACGAUCACUUCAAACUGGCAGAACCUUGUUAAAACUGCCAAAAAGAUGAAGCGCCUUACGGAAGCUUAUAUGACACCUAGUUUUCUGGCAGCCCAGAUCAUUGCGACAGCACCAAAAUAUAAAAUCUUGAGAAAACUGACAGUGGCUCAGAUCAGUCCUAUGCUGCAUAUCUGGGACAACAGAACCACCCGUCUAACCACCCUUAGAUGGGAGCUUGCAGAUUCCAUCGGAGAGGACUCAAACAGGUCUGGGUUUGACGAUGUUGACUUCCUCAUCGGAGUAGUUGAAGCAACAUGUCCGGCGCUGAUCAAUUUCGAUAUCGUCAUCCGCCCACCAAGUCAGACACAUUGGCCAGAUAUUUCACCCCUCUCCUUGAACAGAUGUACAGCAAACACCGAAUCAAUAUACCGCUUACGUCCAGCAUCUUCCCUAAAGUGUCUGCGGCAUUUUGGACAGUACUAUGAUCUCAUGCCUGGUACCGAAUCAUCUUUGAUGAUCGACUUCACGUCCAUUUUUCAUAGGUUUGUGGAGAAACAUUGCAGUACGCUAAGCUCAGUGGUCGUCGCCGUUGGCUCUAAUGGGGGAUUGAUCUCAUUCAAUCCUGCUCUCCAAGCUUGUCGAUUGUUGCCCCGCCUGCAAACUUUAUCUUUAGCGGUGAAAAGUCGAUACGGAUUAAGUACCCUAUCUUUUCUCGAGAAUGAGGAUAGUAGUUUGACGCUCUUCCUCAGAUCUCUAUCAGUUUCAAACCGGUUCCUGCAACGGCUAUCUAUAUCAAAUGUUGGGGGUAGCUUUCAUGCAGAGCUAGGAGCUCUUUUCGGGUAUUUUGAAGGACUCAAGUCACUCCGUGUUGGGAAUACAGAUAUGGCCAUUGUAUUGGCAGAUCCUUUCGGACACCCAUCACCUCAGGAUUGUCAAGCAUACAAAUCGGGAAUUGUCGAUUUCAUCCAUGCACUGCCAGAAUCACUAGAGGAAGUCUACCUCGGAAUUAAUAUCACUCAAAGUUCGUUCGCUUUUGAUUACUUCUUCGUGCCACUGAAUGAUAUUGGGCCAGAGGUUUUCACUUAUGCACCUCGCCUUCGCCUUCAUACUCUCGAUCUACAUUUGUGGCUCCAUAAUGAGUCAGUAAGGCUAGAUCCAGGGGCAGGCGUGUUCUGUCGACGUCUUCCUCAUCCUGUGGCACAGAAAGAUAACGCAAGGCGCCUCUGGACGUCGGUGAUGCAUCUCCGAUCAUCAAAUUUCACUUCUGGCUUCUACCUUAUAAGCCAUAGGUUCUCUGACCUGGAGCUGAAAAGUCAGAAGUUUCUAGGACAUGACGCUCGGGGAAUCUGGUUAGAUGGGAGUGACGAGGCAUAUGAAAAUUGGGGGCGUUGGCCAGGGUAUCGCGACAAGAUUUCUUCUUAUCCACCAUUUCAAAACCGCUUAGAGUUGGCGAGACUUGAAUAUAGUGUUGAUGCGCUGUCAUCACGUGCCGAUACAACCCCACCAUCAUCACCACGUCUUUGGUGGGGUAAUAAUAUGCGAAAUUUGAUGGCAAGAGAAGCAAGCGCGUUUCUUCUUGAACCAGAAUCAAUCCUUUCUCUAUAUCAUCCUCAAUCUACAAUUCCGACUAUUCUAUUCAGCCUUACGCCAUGGAACACGACACCAAAACCCACAGGCGCGAUCGACGAUGUUCACAGAGCCGUGUCGGAGGUGACGGAAGACGCGAAAAGGGACGAGGGAAAAAGAAUUGUCGAGCAGCUGGCCAAGCUUAAGUACGAGCUUCAGCAUGAUCGCAAAUUGACACCAAUUCCAGACGACGGGCAACCUGAUAUCGAGGGAUACAACAAGGAGCUCGAGGCUUUAGGAACACCAUCAUGGUUUAACAUUCCUUGGCUGUACGCAGAAUGCUACUUGUAUCGCCGGGUAGCGUCGUCAUUCGCCCUCUCCCAAUACUGGAAAAGCUACGAUGUCUUUGCGCGCCAGAAGAUUUCUACAUUUCGAUCCUCUCGACCAGCGGUCCUCGAGCUCGCAGCUAGAUACCAUGAAUUAGUAAAACAGAUGGAGGAGAAGAAUAACAAAUCAGAAGAGGAAAUAGAUCAAGCCGAGAAGAUUUUGUUCAUGGAGAUGUGUGAGAUCUGUCUCUGGGGAAAUGCUACCGACCUUUCGCUCCUCACCUCUUUAACGUACGAAGACAUUCAAAAGUUACAGGGGUCGGAGGCACGGAAAGCAUCUGAGAAGAACAUAAUUGUGAAUGACCUCGAGGCAGCUUACGAUGUUUUGAAGAAGGCCAAGCGGGAAGGAAAACAAAACAGACAAGUCGACAUCGUACUGGAUAACGCAGGCUUCGAACUCUACGUUGAUUUGAUCCUCGCCGGGUUUUUGCUCUCCGCUGGUCUAGCUACAAAUGUCAUCCUCCACCCAAAAUCAAUCCCUUGGUUUGUGUCGGAUGUUUUGCCUGGAGACUUUGCUGCUCUCCUGAACGCAUUAGCAGACCCCCAACCAUUCUAUUCUACACCCUCAGAUGAAGAGAAGAACAACGAGGUUACACCGAAACAAUUGACCCAGAAAGAGGUUGAUGAGCUGUCUUUCUUAUUCCAAAACUGGAGUGGCUUUCACCAGGAAGGCCAAUUACGUUUACGCUCAAAUCGAUUCUGGACUGAAGGCGGUAGCUUCUGGCGAUUACCGUCAACCGCUCCUCGAUUACACGAAGAUCUCAAGGAGAGCGAGUUGAUAAUUUUCAAGGGUGACCUGAACUACCGGAAAUUAGUGGGAGAUGCAACUUGGGACCCAACUACCCCAUUCCCAAAGGCCAUUGGUCCCUUAGGUCCAGGUUCAGGCGUCAAUGUGCUUGCACUACGGACAUGUAAAGCAGAUGUAGUCGUCGGUCUUCCAUCUGGCAAGGACGAGGAGCUUCGUGCGAUGGAAGGCGGUGGCGGCGAUAGUGGUGCUAGAAAAUGGGCUUGGAGUGGGAAAUGGGCGGUUGUGUCAUUUUCAGCCGGAGCUUAA